AUAUUCUAGUCAUAUCUAACUGUGCUGUUCUGUGUCUAGAUGAACAAGAGAACUGGGCAACCCAUGAUCCACAUCUACCUGGACAAGGAAACAGGAAAGCCCAAAGGCGAUGCCACAGUAUCCUAUGAAGACCCACCUACUGCCAAGGCUGCCGUGGAGUGGUUUGACGGUAAAGACUUUCAAGGGAGCAAACUUAAAGUCUCUCUUGCUCGGAAGAAGCCUCCAAUGAACAGUAUGCGGGGUGGUAUGCCACCCCGUGAAGGCAGAGGGAUGCCACCACCACUCCGUGGAGGUCCAGGAGGCCCAGGAGGUCCUGGGGGACCCAUGGGUCGCAUGGGAGGCCGUGGAGGAGAUAGAGGAGGCUUCCCUCCCAGAGGACCCCGGGGUUCCCGAGGGAACCCCUCCGGAGGAGGAAACGUCCAGCACCGAGCUGGAGACUGGCAGUGUCCCAAUCCGGGUUGUGGAAACCAGAACUUCGCCUGGAGAACAGAGUGCAACCAGUGUAAGGCCCCAAAGCCCGAAGGCUUCCUCCCGCCACCCUUCCCGCCCCCGGGUGGUGAUCGUGGCAGAGGUGGCCCUGGUGGCAUGCGGGGAGGAAGAGGUGGCCUCAUGGAUCGUGGUGGUCCUGGUGGAAUGUUCAGAGGUGGCCGUGGUGGAGACAGAGGUGGCUUCCGUGGUGGCCGGGGCAUGGACCGAGGUGGCUUUGGUGGAGGAAGACGAGGUGGCCCUGGGGGGCCCCCUGGACCUUUGAUGGAACAGAUGGGAGGAAGAAGAGGAGGGCGUGGAGGACCUGGAAAAAUGGAUAAAGGCGAGCACCGUCAGGAGCGCAGAGAUCGGCCCUAUUAGAUGCAGAGACCCCGCAGAGCUGCAUUGACUACCAGAUUUAUUUUUUAAACCAGAAAAUGUUUUAAAUUUAUAAUUCCAUAUUUAUAAUGUUGGCCACAACAUUAUGAUUAUUCCUUGUCUGUACUUUAGUAUUUUUCACCAUUUGUGAAGAAACAUUAAAACAAGUUAAAUGGUAGUGUGCGGAGUUUUUUUUCUUUCUUUCUUUUAAAAAUGGUUGUUUAACUAAGACUUAACAAUGGGAACCCCUUGUGAGCAUGCUCAGUAUCAUUGUGGAGAACCAAGAGGGCCUCUAACUGUAACAAUGUUCAUGGUUGUGAUGUUUUUUUUUUUUUAAAUAAAAUUCCAAAUGUUUAUAAA